UUCACCUUCACCUGCCUAUGCGCCCCGCAGCGCGCCCGCUCCCACGCCCGCGUAGCUGAGGAUCCGGACUCGCCAGGAAAGGCUGGGCGCGACCGGCGGCCAUGCAGCCCCGGGGCUGAGGCCGCCCCAUGGCAAAGCCGGCGGUCCCGGCGACGACGGCGUAUGGAGAACUUCCGUAAGGUGCGCUCCGAAGAGGCGCCAGCGGGGGGCGGGGCCGAGGGGGGCUGCCCGGGCUCCGGCCCCUUCGCAGACCUGGCGCCGGGCGCGGUGCACAUGCGGGUCAAGGAAGGCAGCAAGAUCCGGAACCUGAUGGCCUUCGCCACCGCCAGCAUGGCGCAGCCAGCCACGCGCGCCAUCGUCUUCAGCGGCUGCGGCCGGGCCACCACCAAAACCGUCACGUGCGCCGAGAUCCUCAAGCGCCGCCUGGCGGGCCUGCACCAGGUCACGCGGCUGCGCUACCGGAGCGUGCGCGAGGUGUGGCAGAGCCUCCCGCCUGGGCCCACGCAGGGUCAGACGCCUGGCGAGCCGGCCGCUAGUCUCAGCGUACUUAAGAACGUGCCCGGCCUAGCCAUCCUACUUUCCAAGGACGCGCUGGAUCCGCGACAGCCCGGCUACCAGCCCCCGAACCCCCAUCCUGGUCCCUCGUCCCCGCCAGCCGCGCCAACGUCCAAGAGGAGCCUAGGGGAACCCGCAGCUGGAGAAGGCUCCGCGAAGCGAUCGCAGCCCGAGCCAGGGGCUGCGGACGAGGAUCAGACGGCCUGAAACUCCGGACUGUAGGCCACCAAGUCCGGCAGCAUCUUCCGCCAGCGCCUCCACCUUCAGAUGCACCUCCAGCCUUUCACUCCUCGGUCCUCCGGAGCCCACAACCUGGACACAGCUCCUCAAGACAGGUAGCAUGGACCUUAAGGCGACAAGAGAGGGGCCUCAGGAGUGGCAAGAGAGGAUCCCCGACCACCCUAGGGUGAUUGCUGCUUAUGUCCGUGUUGCUUGAAGACACGGAACUUCACCUUUUCUGGGACCUUCUUUUGGGGAGAAUGGUGGACAGUGGGAUUCUGGAAACUUGUUUGGGACCCCAAAGGUUAAAGCCACCCAGCAUUCACGAAGGGCACCUGAAGUAUGGAAGCUGAGAAGAGUUAUUGGAAUCACCCCCACCGUUGACAGAGGAAGGCAGGGGGUGAGAAUUGACUGCUUGAGGGUAGGAGAGUCUGAGAUGUGGGGGCCCUAUGCCGCUCCCCGCCCUGGGACAGUUUUCCUUUCUAGUUUUCCUUCCCCUGCUUCAGAGGAGCAUCUCUGAGGGUUCUAGCUCUUUUAACACCCCUUUUCCCCCUGCUGGCCCAGAGGGAGACCCAGGACUGAACUCUCCAGGCCUCCUCCCCUGAGCCCUGCAGCUGGAGUCUUGCUUCCAAUAAAACAAGCACAAAAAUG